AUGGAAUUUGAUAUAUUUACGGCCAUCUUUCACGGACUGGAUCUUGCAUUUACAGGCACCCUAAAUGUCGCCCACACCAAAGCUCUAAGAGCUACUUUACUUAGAGCCUUCUUAUCUGUGGCAACAAGCACGCUUGCUACAUACGUGACAUUAAACAUGAUUUUCCUGCCAAUACGGUUCGUGUACAGGAUCACCGCAUUCGUCGUACCAUCUUUGGACAAAACCAUCGUAGCCAAUCAUCUAGAGCAAACUUCUGUUAAUGCCGUGAAAGCUAUACCCGAGCUGUUUGUCUACUUUUUUCGAUAUAUAUACCCACUUCCUAUGGACGACCUCUUCUUCACCUCUGCUCCUCCAGUUAUUGCUCGAAUGGCCACACUGCAAGGAAGGCCCUCGACGUGGAAACGCUUUAGGCUCUUCUUGAAAAGAUCGAUAAAGUUAGGGUUGCUACUGAUCUUACAGACAGUGAUAUUCCAGAUUCUAGGGCAGUACUUGUCAUAUCUCACAUUUGCAUAUCUUACGUAUACCACUUUCGGAUUGUAUGGUGCUGUAGGAACUGCUGCGCUGUCGUUGGGUACUAGAAUACGAGCCAAGGAUGUCGUCACUACGGUGUUGAGGAUGGGAGCUCUUUCUAGAGAGAUACUGGAUCCGUAUCUCUGUAGGUCAAAGAUGGAUGACAAACAGAGGAGGCAAUGGUUUCAUAAACAUACGUUUGUGAUUGCAAGCUUCACAUUGCCCUUCUACCUUUUAAUGAGGUAUACUCCUUAUAUCGGAUCGCUAUUCUUUGGACUAGCUAUGGCAAGUUCUUCACAUUUAUGUGCAGACAUCAUGGAAACUACAGAUCUGUAUAUUCGACAAACUUAG